GUCCGCGACAUGCUCGAGCUUCAUCCUAUGCGAGGUUGGUUUCCACGCGCGAUAUGCAGCUCACCCCUCCCGGGUCCCGCGUCUCUCCUCUCCUCCUCCUCCGCCCCUCUCGCCCGCGGAGGGCACCCCCUCCUCCUCCCCAUCCGUCUUCCGUAGCAUUUUUUAAACGCCCGGCCCGGGCCCGACGUCGCGCCGCCGCGCCCGCGGAUGCCCCUCCCGCCGCGGCCUCUCUAGGUGCCGCCCUCGCCGGCGCCGCGCGGCCCCGCCGCUCAGCAUCGUCUGUCCUACCCCCAAUGCUCCGCCGCCGCGCCGGCCGGAUGCCGCGCCGCCGCGCUGGCACCGCCGCCUCGCUCGCCCGCGGUGCCCGGGGCGGCCGUGCCGGUGCGCUCGCCGCGGCGCUCGCCGCUGCCGCGGCGCUCGGGGCCGCGGGCCUGACCGCCGCCCGCCACGGCGCGGUGCAAUCGGCCUCUCCCGCACUGGCCGCGCCGCGCAGCGUCGCGGCGGGGCCCCGUGCGGCGGCCGCGGUGGCCGCGGCUUCGCGCCAGGGCGGGGGCCGUUGCGCGCGCGGGCUCGCUGCCGCGGGGGGCGCCGAGGGCGCAGCGGAGGCUGCGGCCGAGGGGGCGUCUGGCGGGGAGGCUUUGCGGGUGCAGAUGGACAAAGCCAAGUCGAACGUGGCGGCGGCGCAGGCGCUCUACAACGUGCAGUCGACCACCACCGCGGUAAACGAGGAGGCGGUGCAGAAGGCGUGGGCGGACCUUGCGGAGCAGCAGUCGUUGCUGAUGCGGCUCACCACCGAGCUUGCCGACGGCCGCGCCUCGAUGCAGGCGGAGGUGAAGGCAGAGGCCGAGGCGAAGCAGCGCGAGGCCCAGGCAAAGGAGCGCGAGCUUCAGGAGGCGCUGCGCAAACUUGAGGCGCAGCAGGCAGCGAUGCGGGCGGAGGCAGAGGCGAAGGAGCGUGAGGCAGAGGCAAAGCUGCGCGAACUGCAGGAGACUCUGCGCAACCUUGAGGCGCAACAGGCAGAACUGAGGGCAGAGGCGGAGGCGAAGGAGCGGGAGGCAGGGGCAAAGGAGCGCGAGGCAGAGGCCAAGGAGCGCGAGGCAGAGGCAAAGCAGCGUGAGGCGGAGGCCAGGGAGGAAAGGCUGCAGGCGACGGUGCGCAGGCUCGAGUGGAGCCUCGAGGGCAGGGGCAAGGAGGUGAGCAGGGCGGAGGCCAGGGAGCGCGAGGCGAGGACGAGGGAGCGCAACCUGGCGGCCCUGCUGGAAGACCAGGGCCAGGCGCUCGCCGAGGCAUCGAGGGCGGCGGCGGAGGAGGAGCGGGUGCGCGGUGCCGCCGCGGCUGCGCGCUCGGACCUGCUCCUCGCGAUGCUCAAGGUCGUGGGGGACCGGGCCCAGAACGCCACCGGCGGCGAGCCCAUCCCGGACCUGGCCGAGCAGCGCGAGGCGGCCCUGGAGGGUGCGCGCGCCAACGCCCAGAGAGUCACCGAGCUGGAGGCCGAGACCGAGCUGGCGCGAGCUGAGCUGGAAGAGAUGAGGGCCUCGCUGGAGACGGAGAGGCGUGCAGAUCGCGGCGCUGCGCUGGUCGAGGCGAGGGCGCGGGCGAAGUUUUUGGACAGGGCGCUGACUAGCAUAGCCAGCGAGUCUGGCGCCUUCGGCGCCGGCAACCUGUUCGGGCUUUUGAAGCGUCGGAGCAACGACGAGGUUGUGCAGGACAUCCUGGAACGUGUGGACAAGCUGAAGGCGCGCUAGUGAUGGCCACGUCGGCAACUUCUCUGAAUUCCCCGCCUUUCAGCCUCGUCCAGCCCGGCUGCGCCGUGACUUUGUAUCCAGAGAGCCCGGUGUCCCAGUGAGGAGGAGCACACCUCACAGGAGGACGAGGGGACAGGCAGGACGGGGACAUAUUCUUGGUCGUUGCGAUUCUAGGCUCGACGAGGGUAGCUCAGAUCGAAAAGCUGAAAGCUUAGCAUGUUUUCAUGGUUGUACGUCCGAGACAGCCCGAAUAUCGGGGGUCUGGGGCCGUGAGUAGUGAUUUUCCAAUAUUGGAGCCUCAGUGCUGAGGAGCCAAUAUUGGGCACUUCGUGCUGAUUCUGCGCGUAACUAAAUCUGGUCUUCACGCAGGG